ACGUGAGACGUGAACAUGCCUACAUGCUUGCAUGAAGUUGUUAUUGAUUGUUAACAGUCUACAUGCGUUUGCCAGUUGAAAUUGAAGUCAUUGCGAACCUAGUUCGUCAUUUAUGGCACAACAGUCGCAUGGUUUGUAAUUUGUUCUCCGCCGGCGCCUGUGACUGGUCGCUGGAGUAAAUUGGCCAGCUUAGCCUGACAAAUAGGUCAGUUUUGAUACGACGCUAGCUAGCAGUCAUUCGAGUCAACCAAGUUCAAGUUGAUACACUUGCCUCCGUACAAAACAUAAUCUCUCCAUUUUCUAACUCCGAAUAAAGAAUGGUGGUGUUAAAAAGUGUUCCACCUCCGAGUGAAGGAGUCCGACAUGAACAAGCUGAAACUACUGCAGUUAUGGACGGGAAAGGUCUUGGAACUGGAACUCUCUACGUAGCGGAGGCGCGCCUGUCGUGGUUCGAUGCGUCUGGCCUGGGUUUUUCUUUAGAAUACCCUACUAUCAGCCUCCACGCUAUUUCUCGCGACCCGAGUGCCUAUCCUCAUGAGCAUUUGUACGUAAUGGUGAAUGGCAAAAUGGACGAUGACAACGAAGCUGAGAUGCAGGAGCAGCAACCGCAGCAGGACAAUGAUGAUGAAGAGGACAGUGAUAAUGACAACGACAGUGUGGAAGUCAUCACGGAAAUCCGCUUUGUGCCUAGUGAUAAGGCUGCAUUGGAGCCCAUGUUCAGCGCCAUGUGUGAGUGCCAGGCCCUGCACCCAGACCCAGAGGAUGAGGACUCCGACGACGACUUUGAAGGGCAGGAGUACGACGUGGAGGAAGCAGAAUCUGAGGUCAGAAGAAGGUUAGAGGAAGGCCAGGGGGACAUCCCCACGUUCUUCACCUAUGAGGAGGGCAUCUCCCAGCUGACGGCGGAGGGCCAGGAGACUCUGGGCCGCCUGGAGGGCAUGCUGGCCCAGUCCGCAGCACAGCAGUACCACAUGGCCGGGGUGCGGACGGAAGAGACCGCUGCCGAGUUCGAAGAUGGCAUGGAAGUGGACAACAGUGCAGUGGUGGCUGGACAGUUUGACGACGCUGACAUUGAUCAUUGAUGGAUCUGACCACAGCUAAUGGAUGCACCCAACGGUCCUUAAUGUAGUUUAAGAGACUGCAGUGUCCAUUCCCUCUACUCUACUCUGCUCUUAAACCCGCAGCACUUCCUCUGGGAAGAAGCACUUCCUCUCCUCCCUCAAUGUUCACUGUGUUUGUGUUUUUUGUACUUUCUACCUAAAUGGAGAGCUGGUAUUCAUUUAUUUGUACGAGCGGUUGUUGUUGUUAAGAAUAAAUAGAUUUUGUACUGA